AUGAAGAAUCUCAUCUCGGGAGCGGGCGCCGUGCUCUGUGCGGCCAGCGGCGCCCUCGCUGGCGUCACCGCCGAGCCCUCGCACGUCUCCGGGCGGCCCCCGUUUAGCACCAUCGAGCCGACCUUGUCGUCCAUCUAUGCCGCCCAAGCCACCGUGAAGCCGGAAUCGCCCGUGUCGAACGUGCCUGGCAAGGCCUUCGACCGUAUUAUCCAGAUCUGGCUGGAGAACACCGACUUCAGUGCCGCGGCUGGUGACCCUAACAUGCAAUGGAUUGCAAGCCAGGGCAUUCUACUCAACAACUACUUCGCCGUCACCCACCCUUCGGAACCCAACUACGCGGCGGUCCUUGGUGGUGAUACCUUUGGCAUGGAGAACGAUGACUUCAUCACGCUCCCGUCCAACAUUUCGACCGUGGUCGAUCUGCUCGACACCAAGAGCAUCUCGUGGGGCGCCUACCAGGAGCACCUCCCCUACCCGGGCUUCCUCGGCUUCAACUUCUCCAACCAGGAGACGUUCGCCAACGACUACGUGCGCAAGCACAACCCGCUGGCCCUAUACUCCAGCAUCACCGACAACAGCACCAAGACGGCGCAGAUCAAGAGCUUCGUCAACCUGACCAGCGACAUCCACAACAAGAAGCUGCCGCAGUGGAGUUUCGUGACCCCCAACAUGGUCAACGACGGCCACGACACCAACAUCACGUUCGCCGCGUCGUGGGCGCGCUCCUUCAUCGAGCCGCUCCUCAAGAACUCGUACGUGUCGGACAAGACGCUGAUCGUGCUGAGCUUCGACGAGAACGAGGACUACCCGACCCCCAACCGCGUGUACACAGUCCUGCUGGGCGGUGCGAUCCCCAAGGAGCUGCACGGCACGACCGACGACGCUUUCUACACCCACUACAGCACCAUCUCGACCGUGUCGGCCAACUGGGACCUGCCAUCGCUAGGCCGUUGGGACUGCGGCGCCAACGUGCUGGCGCUCGUGGCCAACAAGACGGGCUACCGCAACGCCGCCGUCGAGGUCGACGGGCUCUACCUCAACGUCUCGUACCCGGGCCCCGUUAGCGACUCCAAGUACACGGCCGGCUGGUGGCCCGCGCCCGACACGAAGGCCAAGUGCUCCUCGGGCAACGGCGUGCUUAAGGCCGUCGUCGACAAGUGGGGCAGCCAGGCCGCCACCUACAACUACACCAACGUGUUCCCCUACGAUGCCGUCGCCGGCGUCGCCACCGGUGUCAAGCUCGUCUCAGAUGCUAAUGACUCGGGUUCGUCGUCGGGCGGCAGUGGCACCGGCACUGGCACUGGCACCGGCAGCACCUCGUCGCCCAGCCCUAGUUCGUCGCACAACGCGGCUGCACCGGUCCGUGCCGGCGCCGUCGGUGGUGCGGUUGGGCUUCUCGGCUUGGUUGCCGCCCUGCUGUAA